GAGCUGAAAGGCCCGGCCCGUUUGAGACCUUGAAGGUUAUCCGACAUAUCGUACUCAUCGUUGUGGGUUUUGGAAAGUGUUUCGAGGGGUUUGGAAUUUGUAGGGAUUGAAGUCCGAAGAAGAUAAGCUCAUCACAUUUCCAAAACCCUACUCUCUCUCUCUCUCUCUCUCUCUCUCUCCGGGACGACUAAUGCUUGCUUGCAAAAGCAUCACAGAGUUGGCAAAAAAACAUUGUUCCAGCCGUGUGGUAAGUAUUCCUCUUUUCUCUCUCUAAAGCAUCUGAACUCCAGAAAUGGUGCUCGGCUUUGAAUCACUCAUUCCAACUGCCUGAAUGACCACUGCUCACCGCUUAUUUCCCGCCACCGCCGCCAGCACUUGUCGUUUUUUCUCAAGAAAAUCUGCCGCCUGCCCGUUUCAGCUUCAGUCUGUCAUGUUGCAGAGCAGGGUGUUGCAACAUUACAGUUGCCCAUAUUUGCAAAAUUCAGCAUUUUGCAUUGGUCGUAAGUAUGAGAAAUGCUUCCAGAUGAGAUUGAGGAAGCUCAAUGUAUCUUGUGUUAUCAAAAGCAAUCAACCAGGAGUUAUUUCUGCAGGAAGCCCUACUUCUAGAAACUCUGAUGGGUGUAGGUUGGCCAUCACCAGUCAACCCCAAUUUAAAUUGGGGCAUUCGUGUAUCAUGAUGCCUUUGAAUUUUGCGGGGUAUGGAUUGAUAUCGCCUUAUCCUGGUAAGAGGUAUUUUUCUCACAUACAAGGACCCAUAAUGAAAAAAAAUGAUGGUGUUGGUGUUAUAGAUGGAAGGAUAAGUGGGAUUACCUCAGGAUUCAAGGUUUCUAAUAAGGAUGGGAAGCAGGCAAAGUCAUUGGCUGCUUACAAGAGAACUGUCGCCGGCAGGGUGCGAGUUGCAGCUUCUACUCGGGCACUAGGGAUGAAUUAUCCCAAGGCUAAAAAGUCAGCUAUUAAAGAUCCCAAUAUGGUGAGCUCAAAUAAGCAGCUAGUUGGGGAAGGCAAGGAUGAUGCGAGUUCGGUUUCAAGUUUACCUGUUGGUAUUAACAACCAAGUCUCCAAAGUUAGAGGAAACCAGAAGCGGCAGUCAAGAAGCAAAAAAAGCAAUGAACAAUGUUCUGGCACUAAUUCUGCUUCUGAUGCAGCUGCUCAGACAGGAGGCUCUGUAAGAGUUUCUCAAGCAAAGACAUCCAAAUCAGCCAAAAAGAAUCAGCCUUCAGCUUCUGCAAAGAAUAAUUUGAUUGGGGAAACACCUAUUGAAGAGCCUGACAGUUCUAUUUCUACAAAGCAGCAGUCUGUAAGGACAGUUGAGAAAUCUCGUAGAAAGGGAAAAUCGACGAAGGAAGCUAAUUCUAUAGUUAAAGCCCCUGUUCCCCAAGCUUCAUCUGGAAAUGACUUAGUGCAGAAACAAGAAAACCCUACAGGUGGCAAAUCUAAGCCUCGGGGACAAAGGAAGUUGCCGGUUCUACAACCUCCUAAAGGCAAAUCUGUUGUGGUUGUGGAGUCUGCUACGAAGGCCAAAGUUAUUCAGGGCUAUCUUGGUGACAUGUUUGAAGUGCUACCUAGCUAUGGUCAUGUAAGAGACUUGGCCGCCAGGUCAGGAUCUGUGCGGCCUGAUAAUGACUUCAGUAUGAUAUGGGAGGUUUCAUCUGCUGCCUCGACUCAUCUAAAAAGUAUCAAGGUUGCUCUAAGCGGAGCAGAAAAUCUUAUUCUUGCAUCAGAUCCUGAUCGCGAAGGAGAGGCUAUAGCUUGGCACAUUAUUGAGAUUUUGCAGCAGGAAGAUGCUUUACGUGAGGAUAUGACUGUAGCGAGGGUUGUCUUUAAUGAAAUAACUGAGUCAUCUGUCAAAAGUGCCCUGCAGGCUCCACGAGAUAUUGAUGUAAAUUUGGUUCAUGCUUACCUUGCACGUCGCGCCCUUGAUUACUUGAUUGGAUUCAACAUUUCACCACUAUUGUGGAGGAAAUUACCUGGUUGCCAAUCUGCUGGACGAGUCCAAUCUGCUGCUCUAUCUAUUAUAUGUGACAGAGAAAAAGAUAUUGAUGAAUUUAAAUCUCAGGAAUAUUGGACUGUUGAAGUUGAGUUUAACAUAAGCGAUUUGGGUUCAGUGACGAGUGAAUUCUCUUUUUCAUCAUAUUUGACCCACUUCAAUUCUGAGAAGUUAAAUCAACUGUCAGUUAGUUCUCAUGCAGAGGCCAAGGACAUUGAAGAGAAGAUUAAUUCAUCAAACUUUGAGGUGGUUGAGUUGGAGAGAAAAAAAAUUCGGAAAAACCCUCUUCCUCCAUUUAUAACAUCAACACUUCAGCAGGAAGCUGCAAACAAAUUGCAUUUUUCGGCAACAAGUACGAUGAGAUUGGCACAGAAACUGUACGAGGGAGUGCAGUUGUCGAAUGGCACGGCAGCAGGAUUAAUAACGUACAUGAGAACAGAUGGAUUGCACAUUUCUGAUGAAGCUGCAAAGGACAUUCGCUCCUUGGUCAUUGACAGAUAUGGAGAUGAUUUUGCAACACAGAGAGCUCAUAAGUACUUAAAGAAGGUGAAGAAUGCUCAAGAGGCACAUGAGGCAAUAAGACCCACAGAUAUCCGGAGAUUACCCUCUCAGCUGGUUGGCAUACUUGAUGAAGAUUCUUUGAAGUUAUAUACUCUUAUUUGGGCUCGUACAAUGGCAAGUCAAAUUAAAUCCGCUACCAUUGAUCAGAUACAAGUCGAUAUUGGUAAUGCUGAUCAAUCGAUUGCUCUUCGAUCAACAUGCUCGAAAGUGGGGUUUCUUGGAUAUUUGGCAGCCUACGAGGAUAUAGAAGCUAAAACAAUAAGAUCUAAUGCAAAUGGAGAAUAUGACAGGAUUGAAACUUUCAAAGUUCUCGACAACCUGAGGCGAGGGGAUUCAUUGUAUCUUGGUGAAGUGGAACUCACGCAACACCAUACACAGCCACCUCCACGCUACAACGAGGGAUCAUUGGUUAAAAAGCUGGAGGAGCUUGGCAUAGGAAGACCUUCUACAUAUGCAUCUACAAUAAAAGUUUUAAAGGACAGAAAUUAUGUAACAGUUAAAAGCAGAGUACUCUAUCCGCAAUUUCGUGGUCGCAUGGUCUCCGCAUUUCUCUCACACCAUUUCUCGGAGGUGACGAAUUAUAGUUUUACUGCUGAUAUGGAGUCAGAGCUUGACAAUAUUUCUACCGGCUCGACUGAAUGGAAAGGACUACUUGGAGAUUAUUGGACACGAUUCAGGAAGUAUUGCGAUCUUGCUGCUAGUGUUCAUAUUCAUCAGGUGGAGAAGAUGUUGGAGAAUACAUUUGGGGAUCUAGUGUUUGCUUCUCUCCCGGACAAAAGCAGGACAUGCCCAAGUUGUUUGGAAGGCACAUUGAUUUUUAAAGUUAGUAGAUUUGGUGCUGGUUAUUUUUUAGGCUGUGACAAACACCCACAGUGCAAGUUCAUUGCUAAGACAUUGUACAGGGACGACAAUGAGGAGGUGACUUCUCAAAAUAACCCCACAGCGGUGGAGCCAAAAUUGAUAGGCCUUCAUCCUGGAUCAAAUGAUAAGAUUCUCUUGAAGAAGGGACCUUAUGGUUUCUAUCUUCAACUCGGUGAGGAUAGCAAGGGAUGCGUGCCGAAAAGAGCCUCUGUUUCCCAAGUAAAAGAUGUAGAUUCCAUUACCCUAGAAGUUGCUAUAGAGUUGUUGCGAUAUCCCGUGAUGUUGGGAAACCAUCCUGACAGUCGCCAACCAGUUAUGUUGAAGCUUGCGAGAUUUGGGUUUUCUAUUGGACAUCAGCGAACGAGCGUGUCUAUACCUAAGGAAAUAAUGCCCGGGGAUAUAACCCUAGAGAAAGCAUUAGAGCUUUUGUUGACUAAAAAAGUGAAAGGACGUCGUCAACCCAAGAGCAAACCCAAAAGCAAACCGAAGCUUAAAGAAGCCAUCAAAGCGGUGUAGGUGCAUAACAGGUUACAGGUGAUUUAAUGUUCAGUUUAACUUAUUCAAAUUGGUGGACUUCAACUAUGGCAAAAGAAUGACGGUAUGAGUCAUAAUUAUUGUCCCUGUGCGAGGAAGUGCAUAUGAAACGAUGAAUCAAUUUUGUUGUAAUUUGAAGUAUUGUGCUCUCUGUAGCUCUUAAGUCUUCAUUUGUAUGCAUAUUCGAUCCUCAAUUUCACGAGGAAUUUUGUCUCUCA